UUCAUAAUGGAAAAACUUGAUGUAUCUGUGGUUGGAUCCAUCAACACUGACCUUUCAGUAUACACCGAUGCUGUGCCUGAAGCAGGAGAGACUGUAAUGGGUGCAGAAUUUAUUAUGGGAUUUGGAGGGAAGGGAGCCAAUCAGUGUGUUGCUACACAGUUCCUUGGAAGCAAGUCCGCCAUUGUGGUCGGAUGUGACUGCUUCGGCGACGCUUAUUUGGAACACCUGAACAAAAUAUCAGUGAACACCAGUAAGUGCCAGUUUUACACGCGAUGUUUCCUCUCAAUUUUCACUGUACAGACGUGCAUCUUUCGAAUAUAUAUAUAA